CUGGGGGUGGUCGGCGCGCCCCUCCCCACCUCGCGGGGGCCGUGUGGGCGUCGCUCGGUCGUUGGGGUGCCGGGGACGUCGUGAUGAGAACGGCGUCCCAGAGACGGCUGUGACAGAGCCGGGACACGUGACAGUCACAGGGUCACAUUCUGCGGUCCACGAGUUUGGGACCGGGCUGGUCACGUGAUGCGGUGGGGGCACCAUGGGGUGAUGUGAGAUGCGGGUGUCUCGGAUUACGUACAAAUGACGUAUUCCUACCCCUUUUGGCAACCAGAUUUCCGCUGGAAGAUGCAACGGUUCCGGUGACGGUAGCGAGUUCUCGCGUCCAGGCAUCUCCGCUUCCGCUCGGGGCGCAACAACUUCCGACUCCACCUUCCCAGCCUCGGGCAAGGAAGAGACGCGACCAUAUGCGCAUGCCCCGAAUUUAUCACGGAGGGGCGGGGCUGAGGCUGCGGGAGCUGGAGGGGGGAAGAAAAGGGAAUUCCAACCUGUGGAACCUUGGGGGGUCCCCGGGGUCGGCACCUUCCCAUUGACUGUGGGCGGUGCAAGGGACGGAGCCUCUGGCGGCUCGUGGGGGUGCUGGGGUCCGCAGGGGGAGGGAGGGGAGUGUCAGAGUGUGAGCGGGGUACGGGAAUUCCAAAUUUGAGGGCCUCCCGGCUCUGGCGCCGGGGAGGGAGAGCUCAGGCCGCCAUGCGGGACAGGACCCACGAGCUGAGACAGGGGGAUGACAGCUCGGACGAAGAGGACAAGGAGCGGGUCGCACUGGUGGUGCACCCGGGCACGGCACGGCUGGGGAGCCCGGACGAGGAGUUCUUCCACAAGCCCUCUCGGUCACCCUCCCCAGGUCCGCACAAUUCGGCAGACUAUUGUCAAACUGGGGAAUAAAGUCCAGGAGUUGGAGAAACAGCAGGUCACCAUCCUGGCCACGCCCCUUCCCGAGGAGAGCAUGAAGCAGGAGCUGCAGAACCUGCGCGAUGAGAUCAAACAGCUGGGGAGGGAGAUCCGCCUGCAGCUGAAGGCCAUAGAGCCCCAGAAGGAGGAAGCUGAUGAGAACUAUAACUCCGUCAACACAAGAAUGAGAAAAACCCAGCAUGGGGUCCUGUCCCAGCAAUUCGUGGAGCUCAUCAACAAGUGCAAUUCAAUGCAGUCCGAAUACCGGGAGAAGAACGUGGAGCGGAUCCGGAGGCAGCUGAAGAUCACCAAUGCUGGGAUGGUGUCUGAUGAGGAGUUGGAGCAGAUGCUGGACAGUGGGCAAAGCGAGGUGUUUGUGUCCAAUAUCCUGAAGGACACGCAGGUGACUCGACAGGCCUUAAAUGAGAUCUCGGCCCGGCACAGUGAGAUCCAGCAGCUUGAACGCAGUAUUCGUGAGCUGCACGACAUAUUCACUUUUCUGGCUACCGAAGUGGAGAUGCAGGGGGAGAUGAUCAAUCGGAUUGAGAAGAACAUCCUGAGCUCAGCGGACUACGUGGAACGUGGGCAGGAGCACGUCAAGACGGCCCUGGAGAACCAGAAGAAGGCGAGGAAGAAGAAAGUCUUGAUUGCCAUCUGUGUGUCCAUCACCGUCGUCCUCCUAGCAGUCAUCAUUGGCGUCACAGUGGUUGGAUAAUGUCGCACAUUGUUGGCACUAGGAGCACCAGGGACCCAGGGCCUGGCCUUCUCUCCCAGCAGCCUGGGGGGCAGGGCAGAGCCUCCAGUCGGACCCCUUCCUCACACUGGCCCCUAUGCAGAAGGGCAGACAGUUCUUCUGGGGUUGGCAGCUGCUCAUUCAUGGUGGCCUCCUCCUUCAGGCUUCAAUGCCUGGGGGAGGCCUGCACUGUCCUGAUUGGCCAGGACACACGGUUUUGUAAAAAAUUAAAAAACAAAAAAAGAGCAUAGAAA